AUGUCCAAAACCCCGGCCCAGAAGCGCCGUGUCCCACCCGGCUUCUUUGAUGAAGAGUUCCUCGGCAAUUCGCCCAGCCCCAAGAAGCACCGAUGCAACGACCCCCGGCGACAGAACUUCGAACUUGGCGGCGCAUACUUCAAGAUAUUCCACCCAUACGGUUGCGAACUCGACACGCAAAUCCACCUCUUCGAACUCAUGCAAGGAUCGAGUCCGACCGAGACCAUCGUCGAGGCUGUCGGCGGCUCUGGCGGUUUUGUGGACUCAUGCUGCCACUGGGAGACGCUCCUCUCUCUCUUGGGGACAGACAGCGUCGAAAUGGUUGUGCACGACUAUAAAAUGCGGGUGGGCUCGAAUACAUGGUCUAUCAACCACCCUGACGCCUGGGCACGCGCGAUUCGUGAGCUCAUGUUGCUGUUCUAUGGGAAUCAGCAACCGAACGAGUUUUGGCCAGCCCAGAUCGGUCCUGUUGUAGCAUGGAAGGACUUAAGAGAUGUGCAACAUCGUCCAGACCUAUACGAACACUGGCAGGACACCUGCCAGUUCUUUUGUCACGAUCCCGUUCAGACAGGUGUCGGGGUACACUUGCCUGGGUUCCGUGAGCCCCUCUCGACGAUCGCCAUGGUGAAGAUAUUUUGGGCUCUCCACGCCUUGGUAACCAAGGCACACCUUCCUCUCCCCCUUACCAUGCAAGAGGAGGUUGCCAAGGUUGGCGUCGUUGCUCUCUGCUGGUCGUCUGUAGACCAGCACCUCGCCGGAGAGCAUGAUGCACGGUGCCCUGGCUCGACAGCCGGGGGCCAGGCAUUCGGGGUGCAGUGCCCCUGCCAGACUCCAAAUCUCACGUAUGACGUCUGGCUUCAUAGUGUACGAGCGCCAAGUAUAUUCUACGUCGCUCAGAAAACCGAUUUUAUCCGCGUCAUGACAGUCCUGCAUCAACUUUUCGCCAAGCUGCCCCCCCCCCCGAUAUCGAAGAUUUCAUGCCCUUGA